ACAAAGAGGUACAAUAAGUGUCUGAAAAAAGAGAAAUGUCUUCUGCUAGGGAAACCAACUUCAGUAGCAACAGCAAGAUGGAGCUGAUGGAUUUACAGACAGGAGAAAUUGUUAAAAAGAGUACCCUUCAGAAAUACAAGAUACUCUGUGCUGUUCUUUUUGUUUCUUUGGUAGUUGUAGCACUUGGACUUGGUUUGGGACUUGGACUGAGAAAACCAGCAACACCACAAGUGAGCUGCAAAUACAGAUGUAAUGAGACAUUCAUUAAAGAGACAACUGGCUGUAGUUGUGAUGAGAAGUGUACAGAACGUCAAACCUGCUGUUGGGAUUAUAUGCCUACCUGUGUUGAACCAACUCAGAGUUGGUCUUGCAGUAAAGCACGCUGUGAUGAGACACGGAUGAGCAGAAGCUUAUGCUCUUGUUCCCAAGACUGCUUGGAGAAAAAAGAUUGCUGCACGGACUACAAAAGCGUUUGCAAAGGAGAAACAGCCUGGCUAAAAGAAGUUACAUGUCCCUCUUUUGACACUUCUCAGUGCCCAGCAGGGUUUGAUCGACCCCCACUAAUUCUUUUUUCAAUGGAUGGCUUCAGGGCAGAAUACCUGGAAACAUGGAGUGCUUUACUGCCAAAUAUUGAAAAGCUCAAAACAUGUGGGACACACUCAAAGUAUAUGAGAGCUGUUUAUCCAACCAAAACCUUCACAAAUCACUAUACUAUAGUUACUGGACUGUACCCAGAAUCCCAUGGCAUCAUUGACAACAAUAUGUACGAUGUGAAUUUAAAUCAGAACUUCUCACUUUCUGGGACCGCCAAGUCGAAUCCUGCCUGGUGGAGUGGACAGCCCAUUUGGCAGACAGCGAUGCAUCAGGGUUUGAAAGCUGCCACCUACUUUUGGCCUGGAUCUGAUGUAAACAUCAGUGGCACAUUCCCAAAUAUAUAUAUGUUGUACAACACAUCAAUUACAUAUGAAGCAAGAGUAACAAAAUUGUUGAAUUGGUUUGAUCUUCCCAAAUCUGAGAGGCCAGAUUUCUAUACCUUGUACAUUGAAGAACCUGACAAAUCUGGACACUCAUUUGGACCACUUAGCGGGGGGACCAUUAAAGCCUUGCAGCGGGCAGAUCAGGCUCUGGGAAUGUUAAUGGAAGGCCUAAAACAAAGAAACCUGCACAACUGUGUCAAUCUCAUUGUUUUGGCUGAUCAUGGAAUGGAUAAGACUUUUUGCAAUAAGAUGGAAUAUAUGACUGAUUAUUUUGAUAGAAUUAAUUUUUAUAUGUAUGAUGGACCAGCACCUCGUAUCCGAGCGAGAAAUAUUCCAAAGGACUUUUUUUCAUUCGAUUCAGAAGGAAUUGUUAAAAACCUUACAUGCCGGAAGCCAAAUCAGCACUUCAAAGCCUACUUGACUCCAAACUUACCAAAGCGACUCCAUUAUGUUAACAACAUUCGUAUUGACAGAGUUCAUCUUAUGGUGGAUCGACAGUGGUUGGCUGUGAGGUUUAAAAGUUACAGCUUCUGUGGUGGUGGUAACCAUGGCUAUGACAAUGAAUUCAAAAGUAUGGAGGCCAUCUUUGUAGCACAUGGGCCAGGAUUUAAAGAAAAAACGGAGGUGAAGCCUUUUGAAAACAUUGAAGUUUACAAUUUAAUGUGUGAUUUACUUCAGAUUCAGCCAGCACCAAACAAUGGAACACAUGGCAGCUUAAAUCACCUUCUGAAAGCUCCUUUCUACAAGCCAUCCUUUGCUAAGGAGGAGUCAUCUCCCUCUCCCUCUUCCUUCAGCCCCUCUUCUUCCAUAAAUGCUUCAGGAUGUGUUUGCGGCUCAAUAACUGACUUAGAAACGGUGAAUAAAAGAUUGAACCUCAGUGGUGAAGCAAAGCAGAAGGCUGAGGCUUAUAAUUUGCCCUACGGUAGACCCAGAGUUCUACAGAAGCAAAAUACCUAUUACCUCCUUUACCAGGAUAAAUAUGUGAGUGGAUACAGCAAGAACAUCUGGAUGCCACUAUGGAGCUCAUAUACUGUCAACAAAACAAUGGGAGAUGUACCUUCCCUUCCUCCCACUGCUCCAGACUGUCUGCGGACUGAUGUUAGAAUCCCUACAGCUCAGAGCCAAAACUGCUCCAUCUACCAGCCAGACCUGAACAUCACCCACGGUUUCCUCUAUCCUCCCAAUUUGAAUUCAUCUGCUCUUGAACAGUUAGAUGCUUUACUUACCAGCAACAUUGUUCCCAUGUAUAAAGAAUUCAAAAGAUUAUGGAAUUACUUUCAUGAUACACUGCUUCCAAAAUAUGCUAUGGAGAAGAAUGGACUGAAUGUGAUCAGUGGGCCUAUUUUCGAUUAUGAUUAUGAUGGCCAUUUUGAUUCUCUUGAUAAAAUCACACAGCAUGUGAAUGGCACUCAGAUUCCCAUUCCAACCCAUUACUUUAUUGUGCUGACUAGCUGUGAGAAUCAAUCCAGCACUCCAUUGAACUGUUUGGGCUCUCUGAAUGUUCUGCCUUUCAUUCUUCCUCAUCGUCCUGACAACACUGAGAGCUGUGCCGAUGGAUUGUCCGAAUCGUUGUGGGUUGAAGAAAGGAUGCAAGCUCAUGUAGCACGUGUCCGCGAUGUGGAGCUUCUGACAGGCCUGGAUUUCUACCAGGAGAGAAAUCAGACUCUUCUUCCUGAGAUUCUGCAACUGAAGACAUUUUUGCCAACGUUUGAAACUGUUAUUUACUGA